AUGUCAGAUUCAGAGCACCAGCCCGCCGCUGCGACAGAGCAGUCGGACGAUGUUACCGCGCCCCCAGAGGCAUCAGCUGUCGCCGUGAUAGCUGUCAAUGGGGGCCACGACGACAACGAUGACGACGACACUGAUGUGCCCCAGCUCGAGACUGGCGACGGCGACGAUACCGCUUUGAAUGGAGUUGGCGUAGAUUCUAUCGGUCAGAACACCGUGCACACGCCGGCAGAGAGGAAACAGCAGCAGCAGCAGCAGCAGCAGCAGCAGCAGCAGCAUCUCGCGUCGCCGCAGGAAGGCUCCGAGCUCGGCUCCAUCGACGCGGACUUGGCCGACCUGACUCCACGGCGGCCGCACAGUCCGGUAGACUCGCUCACCUCUGCGCGGGGCAUAUCACCCUCGAUACAGCGCCCAACACAGGGCUCCCGAAUAUCCUCCCCCGGCAGUAGCGUCCUCCCCUCUGUCGCCUCCCGCGCAUACCUCAGCAGCCCGACGCCGUCGUUUCGCCCCUUUGACCGGCGCUUCUCUUCGCGCAUCGCCUCUCCGAGCCUGCACGGCGGCGUUAGCGGCAGCGGCAGCCCGCGCUCCCCAUCACCGGCCUUUCUCGGUGCGCACUCGCGCAACGUCUCCGUGAGCUCUCACUUUCCUCCCGUCGACGGCCCGGACACGGAGACGACGGCGCCGCCCUGGGAGGUGGUCCGCUGGACGCGCCUGCAGAAGCUCAACGCGCAGGCCUUUUCCGAGUCGGGGCGCCGCAACUUUGGCUCGCCGACAUGCCUGGCCGUCUCAGCGUCCAUUGUGCUUGGCACCUCCAAGGGCAUCAUCCUGGUGUUUGACUACAGCCAGAACCUCAAGCUCAUCAUUGGUCCGGGCACAAAAGCCGUCGAGUCGGGCUCCAUCACCGCCAUUGCCGUCUCGGCAGAUCACACUACGAUUGCGGGCGGCCACGCGAAUGGAAGCAUCUUUACCUGGGACACGUCGCGGCCCUCGCGGCCAUUUCUCAGCAUACCGCAUCUAGCGCAUAGCGACACGCCGCAUCGCACCGCAGACGGUCAUGUCGCGAAUGUGUCCGUCAUUCACCUUGGAUUCUUGGGCACGCGACAUACAGCGCUGGUCUCGGCCGACGACCGCGGCAUGGCCUUUUCGCACCUAGCAACCAGAGGCACUGGAGCGCUCGGCCGUACCGUCAAGACGACGAGGAUCCUCGGUCGCUACCCCGACGCACCGAAGCCGGUCGGCAAGCCUGUGAAGCCGAGCACCGUGCUGGCCUUUGCCUCGUUGCCGUUGGGCAAUGUCGAGUGCGCCACGGACCUCAUGGGGCUGACAGCCAUGCUCACGCCAUAUCUGCUUGUCAUUGUGUCCACUACGCCGGUGGCACAAACGCAGCACAAGUCGGCGCGGCCAAAGGACGUACCAGCCCACAGCACCAUGACGGGAUGUCUCGCUUGGUUCCCCGCCGUGAAGCUCAAAACGCCAGAUACCGUCAGUCGGAGUGACAUUUCCAGGGUGAAGCUCGCGUACUGCUGGUCCAAUGUUCUGACAGUUCUCGACGUCAUUGAGGUGCCCGGCGAGGACGAGGAUCAGCCGCCGAGCCUCCGUUUCAAAGCGCGCAGUAGGUGGAAGUGCGAGGAAGCUAUCGUUGCGGUGCAGUGGCUCACCCGGUCCGUCAUAACCGUGCUCACCGUCUCGCAGCGCCUCAUUGUGCUCGAGGACAGGACCAUGCGCAUGACGGAGGCUUUUGACCUAAUGCAGCGCUACAUGUACCACAAAGAUCUCUAUUCCAAGCAGCUGCAUAAUCUGGUGGAGCAGCUAGACGAGGAGGACCCUUCGAUGCACGGCGUAGUGGCAGACGCAUUCUACAUGAGCUUCAAGGCAUACAAGGGCAGAAUAUUCAUUCUUGGUUUUAAUGAAAUCUCACUGGGCGCGCUGUCCAACUGGGCAGACCGAUUGAUUGCCAUGAUGGAACACGGAGACUAUAUUGCGGCUAUUCAGCUAGCCACGUCGUAUUAUACGGGCGACGCGGAUAAGCUCACAGUCGGGCUACCAGAGGACCAGACUCAGCGGCACAGCAUGGUCAAGGACAAGGUUCUAGAAAUCAUCAGCGCUUCUCUCAAAUACGCAUUCACGCAGCGAAAAAAGGACAAGAAGGCUGCGGAUGAUGCACAUUUGAAGCAGCUUGCCGAAACUUGCUUUGUGGCAUGUCUCAACAUUGGCAACGUCGACUUUUUGUUAGACGACAUGUUUGAGUGGUACCAAGACGCCGACGUCUCGGGUAUAUACCUCGAAGUGCUCGAGCCGUAUAUCCUAGACAGGUCCAUUGUCUUUAUUCCACCCGUCGUGGUCAAGGACAUGGUCAGUUACUAUGCUGCGCAAGGAUGGGAGAGCAGGCUUGAAGAAAUGAUCUGCCACAUGGAGACGGCCACGCUUGACCUUGACCAGAUAACACUCUUGUGCAAGCAGCACAGUCUCUACGACGCUCUCACCUACGUCUGGAACCAGGCCAUUCGCGAUUACAUAACCCCCAUGAUUGAGCUUCUCAGCCUGCUCGUGCCCAUCAUGGCCAAUGGCAACUUUACCGGCGAUGCUGUCGGCGAAGACUACUACAGCAUCAAUGCUGUCAAGUUAUUUCCGUACCUUUCCUAUACUCUGACGAGCCGAAUAUAUCCGAAUGGCGAGCCAAUGGAUGAGGACGCAGCGGUCCAGGCCAAAGCCGAGAUAUACUGGUUCUUCUUCUCUGGACAGACGAUUACCUGGCCCAAAGGCAGCGGCAAGGCGUUUCUCACGCAACCUGGGGAGGAUUACGAGCCUUCUUUCCCAUACUUACGGCUGAUUCUGCACUAUGAUGCGCCGAGCUUCUUGAGUGCACUUAACGAGGCGUUUGAAGACCCCUUCCUCAACGACACUCCGGACAAGAAGUCAAACGGAGCUUCGCCGGUAGAUAUGCCCGAGGAACAAAUCUUUGGCCAAACCAUCAAUCGUCAAUAUAUCAUGUCUAUCCUCUUGGACGUCAUGAACCCAGACGACUUUGCCGCAACAGACACCAUUUACUUGGACAUGUUUAUCGCGAGAAACCUGCCUAAAUUCCCACAGUAUCUGCUCUUUUCAGGAUCGACCCUAUCCAAAGUGCUUGAGGGUCUCUGCAAUUACCCUGGCCACGACUUGGCAGAGGAUGCGCAAUUGAGUGCUGAAUACCUGCUUUCCGUCUACCAUCCGGCGGACAUGACUGCUCUGCUGCCGCAAUUUAAAAAGGCUGGCUUUUAUCGCAUCCUCAAGCGCAUUUUCAAGGUCGACAAGCAAUUUGGAACGCUGAUCCGCACAUAUUUUGAGGAUCCAGACGACCAAGAUCAAGUCUUUGAAUGCCUCGCUAGCUGUCUACGCCCGUUGACGAAAUUGGGCUUCCAGAAGCGUAACGAUAUCCAAGAAGCCAUUCUCGAUCACGCAAGAGAUUUACUGGAGCUGAGCCCAGAGAAGUCUGCCGUCGUGCUCGCUGGGGAGACGACCGAGACGCAAAAACAAAUUCUCGGAAGCGCUUCUGAUGCGCCGGAGCUUCAGUUUGCCUACCUCAAAACACUGCUAGAUUCUGAACGCGAGAAACUUGCCGAAGAGAUGCCUCCUGACCGGCAUCUCAUCGAGCAGUAUGUGCGGCUCAUGUGCACUUUUGAGCCCUCGCAUGUGUCCGACUACAUCAAUCACGUUCAGGCAGGGGAUUUGAGAUUGGACCAAGUUUUGCCCACAAUUGAAGAGACUGGCGUUGUGGAUGCUGCCGUGACCAUACUGACGCGCGAUGGACUCGUGGAAAAGGCCAUGCAGCGACUGAUUACGCACUUUGGCACAAUCGAAUCAGCGCUUCAAGGCGUCCUUUCGGGCGCUGCCGACUGGUCAGAAGACCCUGUCGGCUUGCAAGCCUCGAUUGAGGAACUACUCCAAGGCUUGCAAAAAUACAUGUACGUUGGUAUCUGGCUUUGUCAAGGACAGCAGAAGCCGGCCAAGAGGGUCACCCAGGUGCAGAAAAACGCCAAGGACGCCCAAGCGGCUCUUACCACUGACGAGUCGCUGUGGCUGCAACUGAUUGAGGCGGCAGUUAAGCUGACAAAGCAAAUCUCGCCCGAAAUUCAAAGAGCUGUCGCAGAUGCGACUCUGGACGGCGAGCGGCUCCUGACGCUGCUACGAUCGUUGGUGCAGCAUACCUUUACCGCGUUGCUGGCGUCGACGUCUGGCCAGAGCCCGGGCCAGCCAACGUCCAAGCUCCUUGCGGCCGGCGGCACCAACCUCUCGUUUCUGCGAAUUCUCCGAGCGUUUCUCGCCAACGCCGCGGCGUCGUCUCCGAACCUAGCUGAUUUGCGCGGCGUCCUGGCGUCCAUCUUUUCCGCAUACGCCUACGAAGAGUCGAUUCUGCGACUCUCUAACCGGCUGCUGGACAGGAGUCUGUUUGUAAAUGUGAGCCAGUCGGUGGAGCUGCGGCAGCGGGGAUGGCGCCCGCGCGGAUCGACGUGCGAGCACUGCGGCCGCCGCGUCUGGGGGCCCGGCGUCGCGGGCGGCGCUGUGUUUGAGGCUUGGGAGGCGAGGCAGGCUGUGGAAGACGCUAGACGAUUCGACAAGAAGAAAAGUCUCGCAGGCGGCGAGGCGGGCGCGCGAGAAGCGGAUGGCAAGGGCAAAGGAAAGAGCCUGGACAUGCGACCGGCGAGCAUGCUGCUCGAGGACGGGGAGCGGCAGGCAGCAGACGACAAUGCUGGCGCAACGGCGGCGGCGGCGGCGGCGGCGGGCAAGAACGAUCCUCCGCUGGGCCCGCUGGUUGUCUUGGCGUGUCGCCAUAUAUACCACCAGAGCUGUCUGGAUGCGGUGCAGGAUAAGCAGGAGAAUGGCACGGGACCUGCGCGGGACAGGGAAUACCGAUGCCCGAUUGAUGGGUAG